AUGUCCGCAUUGGCAUCGAAGCUCCUCUCGAAAUGUGUCGUCGGAGGACGGGCGGCACUUCAGGCUCGUCAAUUCUCGGCCCAUCCUAUCGAUGACUCCAUGUUCGGUCUUAAUGACGAGGAGAUUGCUCUCCGCCAAUCGAUCCGUCAAUUCGCCGACAAGGAGCUCGCCCCGUUCGCCGACAAAAUCGACAAGGACAACGGAUGGGACCAACUGCGGCCGUUCUGGAAGAAGCUUGGAGAUCAAGGACUCCUUGGAAUCACUGCUCCAGCUGAGUACGGUGGCUCCGCGAUGAACUACUUCUCGCACGUCAUCGCAAUGGAGGAGUUGUCCCGUGCCGCCGGAGGAAUCGCUCUUUCCUACGGAGCUCACUCGAAUCUUUGCGUCAAUCAAAUCUGCCGUAAUGGAUCUAAAGAGCAGAAACAGAAGUAUCUUCCAAAAUUGAUCUCUGGAGAACACAUGGGCGCUUUGGCCAUGUCCGAGGCUCAAGCUGGUUCCGAUGUCGUUAGUAUGAAGUUGCGUGCUGAGAAGAAGGGAGACAAGUAUAUUCUGAAUGGAACAAAGUUCUGGAUUACCAAUGGACCCGACGCCGACGUUCUUGUGGUCUACGCCAAGACUGACCCAUCCAAGCAUCAACACGGAAUCACUUGUUUCCUGGUUGAGAAGAACACUCCAGGAUUCACACAAUCACCAAAACUCGACAAAUUGGGAAUGCGUGGAUCGAACACUUGUGAGCUGGUCUUUGAUAACUGCGAAAUUCACGAAAGCCAAAUUAUGGGAGGAGUUGGAAAGGGAGUCUACGUGUUGAUGACUGGGUUGGACUACGAGAGAUUGGUUCUGUCGGGAGGACCAUUGGGAUUGAUGCAAGCCGCGUGUGAUAUCGCUUUUGAUUAUGCCCAUCAGAGAACUGCUUUCGGACAGAAAAUUGGAUCUUUCCAGCUCCUCCAAGGAAAGCUCGCCGACAUGUACACAACGCUCAAUGCUUCCCGUUCCUACCUCUACAUGGUUGCCAAGGCAGCCGACAAAGGAAACAUCUCCAACAAGGAUUGUGCUGGUGUGAUCCUUUACGUCGCCGAGAAAUGCACUCAAGUGUGUCUUGACGCCAUUCAAAUCCUCGGUGGCAACGGAUACAUCAACGACUACCCAGCCGGGCGUCUUCUCCGCGACGCCAAACUCUACGAAAUCGGCGCCGGUACUUCAGAAGUCCGUCGUUUGAUCAUUGGCCGUGCUCUCAACAAGGAGUACUCCAACUAA